AUGAGGGGCAUCCCGGGCUUCAAGCGGCUGCGGCUCAAAAUCUGGCGGCGAUGCGCCCUGCUGCUGCUCCUCCUCUGGGCUGCCUGCUGGGUGGUGGUGAGCGCUGCGCUGUUCCUCCUCCACGGGAGCGUCUUCUCCGAGCGCUGCACGGACGAGAAAAGCCACCGGAUCCUGGCCAGGCUGUGCCUCGACUACAGCAGUGGAGCCCUGACCGGGGACCUGUGUGAAGACCUGUGUGUGGCACAGAAGCUGGUGUACAAGCACUGCCUUUACUACGACAGGGGUAAGAAGGUCAUUCAGGCUGAUUGGAGAGGCCAGCCCAUCAUACUGAAAUCCAAAAAAGAAAUAUUUUCCAGCUACCAGCACCUCAGUAUGCUAGAGGAGGUGGAAACACGGGAUAUCCCUGAAACAGAGCUUCUGCUUAUGGUAGCUUUGGAGGUCAAAAAUGCCCUGGGGCUGGAGCUGUCUAACAAUAGCAUGGGGCCCCUGUGGACAAAGAAGAAGGGACCACGUUGGAAAGCACAGGUGGCCAGCAUGUGGUCCUUGCUCCAGCAGGAAGAAUAUAUCUACUUCAGUUUGCUGCAGGACUUCAGCAAACAUGUGCUACGAAUUAUUGGCUCUUGUGGACACUUUUACGCUGUGGAGUAUCUCACAGCUGGACAUGCCUGGCACAAAACUCUUUUUCCCUUGGAAAAUGUGAUCGGCCCCUCCCUUACUGGACACAGAGGCAGGGUGAGAGCCAUCAUUGACAUUGCACUCAGCUUUCUGGACAUGGUGCAGCAUUUUGAUAAUGAUUUCUCUCACCGACUUCACCUGUGCGACAUCAAACCAGAAAACUUCGCCAUCAGGCGUGAUCUCACGGUGGUGGCCAUUGAUGUGGAUAUGGCCUUUUUUGAACCCAAAAUGAGGGACAUCCUGGAACAGAAGUGCACAGGAGAUGAAGAUUGUAAUUUCUUUGAUUGCUUUUCAAAAUGCAAUCUGAAAAUCAGAAAAUGUGGAGCACAGAGAGCCAAUAACAACUUGCAAGUAAUCUGUGACAAAAUAUUCCGUCGCUGGUUUUCCCCAGACCUCAGAGGACCACUGGUUUCCCUGCCCCUGCAGCUUCAGCUGCAGAAAGCCGUGCAGGAGUGUGCUCAGCCGGGGCACACGGGUGCCACCGGGCACCAGAGGACUCUGAAAUCUCUCUCGGAGCUGUACCACCUGCUUCGGGUCACUCAGCGAGAACUGCGAGGGGCAGAGUAGACACAAAAGGCAGAACUGCAAAGGCCACAUCCCAUUCUCUCUCUGCCAUUCCCCCAUACCCUGUACUUUUACAGCACAGAAAUUGCUUUUCUGCUAUGCAAAUGAAGUUCCUGGCUGCAGGUGCAGCACGUUCUGGUAAUAUCCUGUCAAGUGCUAAAUUGCUUUACAUUACUUGGAUUCUGUUCUUGCUUAUUUUCCUGAGCCAGCAUUACCCCCUCUCCAUCAGCAUUCAGCACAUCUUUCCGAGCUGUAGUCACUGCUCAGAUAGCAUCUGUCUGAGUGUGGUGCUCAGAGGAUGCAUCUACAGAGGAAAGGUGUAAGUGCAGCAAAACUCUAUCAAUAAUUAAAAGAGUGGGUGGGUGGGUGUGAAUAAGUACACGUAUGGUGUUUGUUUUAGUUUCUCUGUCAAAUGAGGAGGGGGUUUACAGUAGGGACAGAGCAUUCUGUGUGAAAGAAAGAAAGAAAAAAAAAAAAAGGAGGGGGACCUCAAAUAGGGAAAUGUGCUGUCACACAAGGAAAGAGUGGCUUUUGGAUAAAGCAGUCCUUUCUGAUGUCCCCAAAUGCAUUUUCUCUGGGGCAUUGCAUUACCUGUGCCAUCACUAACUCUUUUGGGGAAAAAUGAUAUAAAGGUACUUCGGACUUUUCUAGAGCAAAAUAAUUAUACUCUUGCUGAGCUCCCAAGUGGGUACUCCUAUUCUGCAGUGAAGAGGUAUGAAUAAUGCUACUGGAUUUUCCCAUGUGAACAAGCCCUCAGGCACUUGUACAUCAGAGCACUUGAUAAGAAGCACUCUUUUUCCAGAGAGCAGAAUUGCCCAGGAAUGUCAACAAUCUGUCCUUUGCACAGAACAAUAUCCAGACCCAGAGUUUUCUUCCAUGGUAUUUUUUUAAUGAACAGAAGGAAAAAAAAAAUUGUACAAAUUCAUUAUCUUGCAAUCAGCUAUGUAAAUAAAGAUCUCUAGAUUAACUUAAAAACAUUAACUUUGCCUUUCAAAAACUUUGCAGAGCUGUGGCUGGAGAAACCAGCGUGGGUUCAGGAGAUACUACAUGUUCAUAGGCCCAAUACUAGGCAAUGUCCCCGUGAUCUGGUUUUGGCGUGAGGAUAUUUCAAACCUCACAAACAGGAAUCCUGGCAAGCAAUGGCAGCACCCAGCCUGGAGGAAUCAGUGUCAAGACCAACGAUACUGGUGUGGGGAUGUGAGAUGUAACAACAUUUAACCUGCCCCAUCUUUAUGCCCCUCAGCCUUAUGACAGCUGUGAGCACUACCUAGACAUAAAUUUUCAGUUUCUGGGAUGAUUCUUUAAAGUAAAGACUCCCUGUGACCAGAAAAAUGGAAGCUGCUUAGGAGAACUUGACCCCUUAAAACCUAGGUCAAAUUUUCAGACUGGUGCUAGUGGGUUUAUAUAUAUAUUUCUUGCAAUAAACUGUAAUAUUUUUAAAAACCAUGCAAGCCCUCAAGAAAUUCAUAGCAAGAACAAGGUCAGCUGCCUUUCCUGGGGCUGGAGAAGCUGCUGCAAAGCUGGAGCUCCAGCUUAGGAGCUCCUAACUGGUAAAGUUGCUCUCAGUCCACGUUUCUCCUUUAAGAACGCAGGCAAAGAAUGUUUCAAUACUUAAAAAUCAUUCUUUGCAAAAGCAGAAAGGCAAAGCAGAAUAAGAAGAAACAUGAAUUCCAGAACUAGUCCUGUUAAAAAGUCAUUAAAUAGAUGGAGAAAAUAAUUAAGGACAGAAUCAGAUUGUGGCAAAGGAUCAGGGAUAGGUAAAGUAUCAGUUAGACAGAAGACAAGGGAAAGAGAGAUGAAGGAAAAAGAGAAAUAAAAGAAGUAAAAAUAUGUCAGCCUUUGUAGAAACAUGGUUUAUGAUGCAAGGUUCAAUACAUUUAGUCUGAGGAAGAAGAGAGUGAAGAUAAACAUGAUAAUACUCUUCAAAAAACAGAAAGAGGUUGAUAAAAGGAGAAUAAGAGAGAACUCCUCUGUCCAGAUUUCUCUGAUGGAUACGACCAGCAAUGAGCUUAAACUGUAGUAAGGAAGAAAACAGGUAAGACAUUUGCUACAGGCUUUCUGAUAGAAAGGAACAGUGAAGAUAUGGCACAAAUCAUCUGGGAAAGCUUCAGACUUCACAAAUUGUGGUUUUUAACUACAGGCAAGAGUGAAUGCCUGUCAGGAAUUAUGUACAUGUUAAGUCAAAGAUGCUGCCUUGAAGUGAUCUUUUAUCUCCAAGUCAUGUGAUUAUGCUAUCACCAGUUAGCAUUUGUGCUCUCCCUCACAACAAAUCCCCUCUUCUGAGACUCAAGAAUAUUUAUCUCUCCCUUACUUUAUCUGUACAAAUCUGUGGGCUCCCCUGCAAAGGGAAUGCAAUGAGAACUUCAGCUGUGCAAAUGAUGCUGCUGGUGUGAUCCUGUCUCCCCCACACAACCUCCCUGCUUGAUGGCACUGAUCCUUGCUAGGUCAGGAGGGAUUCUUAUAUAUUCCAAAUGCUGCUGGGGAACCUGAAAAUAUUAUAUAACAUUGUGCUCCUCUUUCCCUGGUCCCAUUCUUUCCUCCUUCCCAGGCUCCAGGGUACCUUCAGGGAAAAGCAGGCAUCACACAGACCCUCGGUGCUUUGCAGCAGUCGUGCUCCCCCUGGCAGAGCUCCCCUUCCCAUUUCCAGGUUUGCACUUCAGACAGGAUAAAUUUCUACUGGGUGGGAUAUUCCAACUUUCAAACAGGUGGAAAAAACAUAGUGAAAUGAAAACUGGUGGCAGCCAAAUGCUGGUGGAAUGUGACUCUGCUCAGAAGAUCCUUUUUCUUUGGCAGGAUCUAAGAAGGGAAGCUGCCUUUGACAGAUUUCUCCAACCCCCUCAGGGCCUGGCUGCAGCCACCUCUACCUGGCAGGGACCUCCUUCCCCCACACCACACUUUCCCAGGACAUUAGGUUUCAUUUCUUUUCAGGAUACAGAGAAUAAUCCUCAGCGACCUCUCAAGAUCGACACAAUUGGGUUAUUUGUCCUUGGCUAGGCUGUGAGAUUACAUAUCACUGAUGCAGCCAGCUCCGGGCAGGCUUUGGUGCACACCUUCAAGGAGACAAGGAGAAUCUGACAGGCUCUGUGAACACAGGGCUUGAUUCUUCACAGCCCUCUGUGUGCUUUGUAAAGUCACUAAAUCCUGGGAAACGGGAGAGAAAGCACUACCAGUGAAGCAAAUAAAAUAUUGUAA